AAAUUUAAACGUAUAACAAACAACAGGUUAACGUUGAACGAUAUUUUACGUUGACGUUACGUUAACGUAAAAACGGAUUCAGAGAAAAACAAAAAAAUAGAAGCGUUCAACGUGACAGGCAGUUGAAAACAUUUAGCCGUCGUUAUUCUAGAUGAUGUAAACAUGGGGUUUUGUGGAAUUUAUUGUGUUCAAAAUGGAAAGAAACGCUCGGAAAUCACUGUGCAUCUAUACUUGUAUAUAUUUAUAUUGAUCAGUUAUUAUAUACAUGAAGCACAUGGCUUCAAAGACUAUCAUACAUGUCUGGAUGUUAAGAAAGACUUAGGAAGCAAGGCGGUUGAUGGAGAAUAUAUUAUUUUCUUACCGUGGUUGAAAUAUGUCGGAAUAACGGUUUAUUGUCACAAUCUGCAGUCGUCGGAUCUUGGUCCAGAAUCCUACAUAACUCUUAAAUCAGGACGCAGUUCAAAUUUUGCUUCAUUCUAUGAAAAUGUCGGUGUUCCAAAUUAUUGUGCCGACGCAUUUCCUAGGAAACUAUAUUCAGCCGGAGGGAGGACGGAGUUUUCUAAGAUAGCUGUUAGUACGAUUGGUUUAGAUGUACAGCCCGGGGAUUUUACGUUUGCCAACCAUUCAGGUGUAAAUAAAAUAAGGUUCGGAUCAGCGGGAGAUAACUGGACAAGUUCAGACACUUGUUUCCCGAUGGGAGCUUUCCAGAUUGAUCUGACCGGAACACCGUUUACAGUGGUUGCUAGUUCUCAAUGGCAGUGGGCGGGGCGACACGUGCGUGGAAAUCUUACUGGAGGAUACGCCCACAUAAACAAUCAUUCAUAUAUUGGAUGUUUCGCAGACAAACGGGACCGUUUAUUACCAGCUGGACGCCAGGAUAGUGCCAAUAAUCGGACAAUACAAAACUGUAUACAACAUUGUAAAAACCUGAAAUAUGCUUAUGCCGGGGUCGAGUACGGUGUGGAAUGCCACUGUGGUAACGACUACGGACGUUACGGUACACGUCCUGUAUCGGAAAACAACUGUAACAAAAAGUGCAGCGGGAAUCCACAACAGAUCUGCGGAGGCACGUGGUUUGCGGGCAUUUACGCUACAGCUAUUCCACAGCGUAUAACAGGACAUUGUGGUGGAUUUCCGGGGCAGUGUUAUCCGGCGACAACUUAUGAUUUCAAAGAAGAAAAUUUACACCUAGAUCUGAUGCACAACCAACAUAUAUGCGUUAAAAGUAACCCUUGCCAGAACGAAGGUCGGUGUCUAGCUGUGGAUGCGGACGCAUUUAAAUGUAUUUGUUACCAAGGAUACUCAGGCACAAAUUGCGAAAUUGUGAAAUCCGAGAUAAUUGACGACGGUCGAACAUGUCCAGCAGGCUACCAAGCCGAAACUUGCCUGUGUUUUGAGUCAAAAUGUAACGGUGCCAAGUUCGAGGGGGAUACGUGUGUAACAUCUACGGGACAUUCACAAGUGAUAUGCCGUCCCGGGGAUCCUGGUCACGUGAUUUUAUUCAACGUUAACGGUUUGGGGACGGUACAAUGUCCAGCUGGGGCAGUGGCCGUAGGUUGUAGUUACUGGACAACGUACGCUGCCGGUGUCGUGCAUGGUCAGAGUCUGAUGCAGAGAGGCAUAUGUGGCAUCUCAAACAAUACAGUCGCGGUACAAGCAAGGUGUAAGCAGUACAUGUGUGGCUGCAUGAAUGGAGGACAUUGUAAUAAAGUAACCGGCGAGUGCGAGUGUCCUCCUUCUUACUACGGUUCCAAGUGUGAAACCUUUGACUACUGUUCUUAUUAUGAAGAUAUUAACAACCGUACAGCAUGUGAUGCCGGGGGAGUAUGUGUACCCGUACAUAAAGAGGUUGUGAACACCAUUGGAGGUGAUAAAGCCGGGGACACGUGCAUUUUCCCGUUCGACUACGGAAAUUAUACAUUCAACACGUGCGUCGAAGACAACUCGGUUGGACCUCCAUUUUCGUGCGCAGGAGAAUUUGCAUUGUCGGAUACUUUCAAGAAUGGACCGACAUACAUAGACCUAGGUCCGUGGAGUCCGGGUCCUAGAUAUACGGUAGCUGCAUGGGUCAGACCCGAUCGUAUUGAUACCAUGAGGCAGACAAUAGUGGGCGGCGCAUCAGACUGCAAUGACUUUGGUUUUAACUUCAACUCCGGAACAUUCCGGGGCUACCUGAAAUUGUCAAAGGAAUGUACCCGUGAUUUGAAUACAGGGAAAUCGUUAGCAACAAUUGGCACGUGGUACAUGGUUGCAGUGACCAGUAAUGCGUCUCAUGCCAAGAUUUACUUGAAUGGUCAGUUUAAAGAAAUGAACACAGUGUUGUUAAACCAUAUACCAACAACGGCAGGUUUCUGGAUUGGUUCCGCCGUCUGCUGUCCUGCCGACUUCUUCCGAGGGAUGAUAAAGAAUGUCAAAGUGUGGAAUAGGGAACUAACUAAUGACGAAAUCAAUCGUUCAAUGUAUAAUAUUGGUACACAAAACUCAACAGUGGAAGCAUUAAAUGACGGUUUAGUAGGUCAUUGGGAGCUGGGAGAUAUAGCCGUACCCGCGUGCUCUGGUGGUAACGCUGUCGACCACGGUGGUGACGACUGGAUUCUGAAGGACACGGAAAUUAUCGGCGGAAUUCAUUGUAACAUUAGCCGGUUUGUAAUUCCUAAAGGUGUUACUGUUCUCGUGUCUCGGUACAAUGGAUCUACAGGAGGAAUGUUUGAUGUAAUUGCACAGGAGGUUCAGAUAGAUGGAUAUUUAGACGCAGUAGGUGCCGGCUACAGAGGGGCGCCUAGUUCUAAUGGUACAGGUGUCGGUGGAUCACAGGGCGAGACAUAUAGCGGUAUCGGGAAAAUAUCCAACCAACAGAACUAUGGAGGAGGCGGCGGGGGUGCCGGGGGCAACACAAUUACUGACGGUACGGGACGCUCGGGUGGGGGAGGUGGAUACGGAAGUGUUGGAUUAAAUGGAAUCAAAGUUGUCGGUGACAGGAUUGGACUUGGGUCAGGCGGGCGUGUAUAUGGGGAUGCAGAUUUAAACACAUUAUACAUGGGGUCUGGUGGGGGAAGUGGAGGAAAUGCAAAAGAUUUGACUACUAAUCCCAUAGGUGGGCGUGGUGGAAAUGGAGGUGGUGCAGUAAAAAUCAUAGCGGAACGGUCUAUUAAAAUCACAGGGGUGAUUUCAGUUGCUGGUGAAAACGGACAAGGCGACAUCCCUGUUGGGAGUGGUUGUAUGGGAUGUCCAGACUCCUGUGAUCUGAAAAGUCCAGUCCGUUGCCUAGGUAACAGCACGACUGCUUGUUGGGAUAUGUCUGGGCCUGGUGGUGGUGGCAGUGGUGGUAGCAUUUACCUCUCUGCAAAACUUGUUGAUAUUGGGUAUCAGAAACUAUGGGCUAUGGGCGGCGAUGGAGGGGCAGGAGGCAGCCAUUGUUGUGGUGGUCCGGGCGGCAUGGGUCGUAUCAGAAUCGAUUCUCUAAUUACGAAGGGAAUUGUGGGAGAUAACCAUGGUGUUGUAAAGACGUCAACGUUACAGGAUCAGUUUGUUGACCAUAGUCAGUCGGGUCAGAAGCAGAUAGACUAUAGAAACACUGUUUACGGAAACGAGGUAUUCCGAGGAUGUUUCCGGGAUAUUCCGACAAACCGGACAUUAGCGAUUGCCAUACCUAGUACAUCCGUGACGAACUCUAAGAUGACACCGGACUAUUGUAAACAACUUUGCAGGGACAGAAAUUUUAAAUAUUCUGGAACUGAAGGCACCAACCUAUGUUUCUGUGACAAUCACUUAGAUAUGAGUAAAAAGGUUCAUGACAGUGAAUGUGGACAAGCAUGUCAGGGUAAUCCAUUGUGGACAUGUGGUGGCACGAACAGGCUGCAGGUGUUUGGUCCGCCACCAGGAGCACCUGCCACGGGUCAUAAUGUUCUCUCUAAAUGUGUACCAUGGUGUGUUACUGCUGAUGCAGGGACUGAUAAUCCAAAAUGGGGACAAUGUAUCAAGAAACCGCCAAGUGUAACAAGUUGGGAUGUAAAGUGUGAGUGCAGUCCAGGUAAAACGGGACCAAAUUGUGAUCAGCAAUGCCCAUCUUGGACCUAUGGUACAGCAUGCAGGAGAAAUUGCACAUGUAACCAAUCCAAUACUGCAAUGUGUGACCCGAUCAACGGUGUAUGCGUGUGCAAAUCGGGCUUCAAGGGAACCAGCUGUCAGGAUAAGUGCCCGGAUGGAUACUACGGCGAAGGCUGCAAGCAUGCAUGCAAUUGCUCCAGCAACGCUAUUUGUGACCAUAUGACAGGAAAUUGUGCCUGUCAACCAGGGUGGAUGGGACCCGGAUGUAAUUUCCCAUGUCCUGUAAACACAUAUGGUGUAAACUGUUCACAAUCAUGUUCCAAUAGAUGUAGCCACGGAACAUGUAAUCCUGAGGAUGGAACAUGUCAAUGUUACCCCGGUUAUGGAACACAGUUCUGUUCAGAAAAGUGCGAACCUUUCAGUUACGGACAAGAUUGCCUGCAAUCAUGUGACUGCUCCGGUCAGAAAUGUGACCCGUUCACUGGACGCUGUAUUUGUGGCAACGGCUAUACUGGAAAUAAGUGUGAAUCAAUUUGUAGGUUCGGCACGUACGGGUUAGAUUGUGCUAAAAAGUGUGCGUGUCAAAAUGGCGCUGGUUGUGACCAUAUCACCGGCGAAUGUUACUGUGCACGUGGAUAUAGGGGUGAGACCUGCGGAGACGCUUGUUCACCCGGGCAAUUUGGUGAUGAUUGUGGCAACACGUGCUCGUGCGUUGCUAGUAAUACAUUAGCGUGUGAUAUAGCGACUGGAAAAUGCACGUGUAAACCCGGUUUCUAUGGAAACAAUUGUGAACUACCAUGUGAAGACGGUUACUAUGGCAACCAAUGUUUAAUGAAAUGCACGUGCAAAAAUGGUGGAGUAUGUGACAAGGCGUCUGGAACGUGUAGCUGCCAGCCUGGAUUUAGAGGUGAUUCUUGUGAAACGCCUUGCUCGUCAGGGUAUUACGGGCAGAACUGUGGAUCACGUUGUCCCAUGAAAUGUCCCAAUCAACUGUGUAACAUCGUAGACGGAUCAUGUUCUUGCUCAACUGGUCUAGUUUGUCACUGUCCAGUGAACACUGCCGGUAAAAUGAGCCAGUGUGACAAGACAUGUUCCUGUGUAAAUGGCCAGUGUCUCGUAGAUACAGCUACCUGUAAAUGUAAUCCGGGAUGGAAGGGGACUAAAUGUGACGUUCCGUGUGAUAAAGGUACGUAUGGUCUAAAUUGUGGAUCCACGUGCAACUGCAUGCACGGGAGUUGUAAUCAGUCGACCGGAAGUUGUUAUUGUUACAGCGGAUACAGCGGUGCCAAGUGUGAUAUCCCAUGCAAGAAUAACUCUUUUGGGCCUGGAUGCAAGUUUGCCUGCCCAGAUUGUGGUCCACAGUCACUGCCUGCAUGCGAUGUUGGGACGGGUGUUUGCAUGUGCAGACCUGGUUACACGGGUUCGAAAUGUGAAAGACCAUGUCCUGAUGGAACAUUUGGAUUAAAUUGCUCAAAAACGUGCAGUUGUCAGAAUGGAAUUUGUGAUCAUAUAGCUGGAGCAUGUGUUUGUGACGUUGGCUUUACUGGGAAUAAAUGUCAAACUACAUGUCCAUCCGGCCAGUAUGGUUUAAACUGUCAAAAGACUUGCGACUGUGGUCCUCAUGGAAGUGGAUGUUCUCCUAAGGAAGGACUUUGUAUUUGUAAACCAGGUUUUACCGGAGUUAAAUGCCGACAUAGUUGUCCCGUUGGAUUUUACGGACAAAACUGCACAAACAGAUGCUCAUGUGAUCCUUAUGGUAGCUCAUGUAGCCCUAUAGACGGUAGCUGCCUGUGCAAGUCGGGCUAUACAGGGCAAUACUGUGAAGAAGUUUGUGGUCCCGGAUUUUGGGGUAAAGGAUGUACUCAAGCAUGUGAAUGUAAUGGGCGUGGCUCAUGUAAUCCGUUUAAUGGACAGUGUGAUUGUAUUGCUGGCUUUAAGGGAGAUAGAUGUGAAACACAAUGCGCUCAAGAUAUUUUCUGGGGAAAGAAUUGUGCCAAUGCUUGCUCGUGUAAUGGGGAACAUUGUGACCAUAGAGACGGCACGUGCAGGUGUCCUCCCGGGAAAAUAGGUCACCACUGUGAGAAAGGGUGUAACACAGGCUACUUCGGAUUCCAGUGUGCUCAAGUGUGUGGCUGUAAACACAACUCAAAGUGCGAUCCUGUUACAGGGUCGUGUCGGUGUCAGCCAGGCUGGUCCGGACAGUUCUGUGAUAAAGCAUGUCCGGAUGGUUUCUACGGCGUUGAUUGCGCGGGAAUUUGUCCGGAUUGUUGGAAUGACGGGUCAUGUGACACGUUUGCUGGUACUUGUAUAUGUACUUCCGGUUAUACAGGUCAGUAUUGUAAUACCUCGUUAAUUACCGGAAACCAGCAGCAACCAGAAUCUCAGCCUCAAACAAACACAGUAUCAACAGCAGGUGUACAGUUUACAGUUUCACAAUUUGUUGGUUUCAUCGUCGGCUUUCUCCUCCUUCUCGUCUUUGUUACUGUAAUGGCCGUUUUACUCACGCGGAGAUGUUCUGCAGGACGUUUUGGAGGGACCGAAGGGGUUGUUAAAUUUAGAGGCGAAGAAUUAGACAUAGCUACAGCUUCUGCUGAAAAUAGUGGGGUAACAAAUGUGGGAUUUGUAAAUCCCGUCCAUGAAGCUAGCUUCAAUGAAACUGAACUGGACAGCAAAAGUGUGACGUCAGACGCCACGAGCGGCGUUGCAUCAGCGAUGGUAGAUUCUGACGAUGAAGAUGACGGAUUUUUCAAGGACAGUAAAGCCUAAUUAAUGAUAAUUAAUUUACGAUAAGAUGGAUGUGAUGAAUUUAGGCUUUAAGUGGUUCAGUUACGUUUUCCAAACUUACAUAAAAAUUGAUUCUCGUAUAUCAAUAUUAUUAUGUUAAUAAAAGAUCACCAAUAUUAGUGUCAAAAGUAUCUACAAUUGAAGUACUAACAUAUUUAUUUUCUUUGACAGAAUAAGUAAGUUAUUAAUAUACUUUUAGUAUUUAUGCGUUUAUUCAAUAGCACAAAAUUAGAAAUUUAAAGGGACUACACAAUUUAAUUUGCUACUAUAUGAAAUUUACGUCUUGUAAUAAUAUUUUGGUAGAUGGGGGUUUAUGUUUCUGUGUAUAUCACAUAUGGAAUUCAAAUGACAAUUCAUAGUGAUAUUUGUACGGUGGCACAUUUGUGCGUUUUUAUUGAUCUCGUGCCCACGAGAUUUUAUGUCAUAGCCACGAGUUACUACGUGCACACGACUUACUUAGUCGUGAGAACGAUAAUUAUGUCGUGUGCAUGUAAUAACUCGUGCGCACGAGAUUAAUAAAACGCACAAAUGUCACCAUUGUGCCACCGUAUAUUUUUGUAUAUAAUGACAUUAUUUCUUUUUUAUCAUGAAAUAUUAAGUCGUUUGUUUUAAAAAUUCUGUGGUGCAUAUAUAAUACUCACAUUCAAACAUUAUGUUUAUAGUUAUGGAUAUAGUACUCGACUCAUUGCUCAAUAAAAUG